AUGUUGCCUUACUUUUUUUCUGUCCACGUGAUUCUACAAGAUGAUUUUAUUUCUUAUACUCUGUCAAGCGCUCUCUCUUUGUCUGCCUCGCUCUCUCUUUGUCUGCGGCACUUUGUUUUCGCGGGCUCUGUUUCCCGCGGCACUUUGUUUUCGCGGGCUCUGUUUCCCGCGGCACUUUGUUUUCGCCGGCUCUGUUUCCGCGGCACUUUGUUUGCGCCGGCUCUGUUUCCCGCGGCACUUUGUUUGCGCCAGCUCUGUUUCUGUUUCCGCGGCACUUUGUUUGCGCCGGCUCUGUUUCCCGCGGCACUUUGUUUGCGCCGGCUCUGUUUCCCGCGGCACUUUGUUUGCGCCGGCUCUGUUUCCGCGGCACUUUGUUUGCGCCGGCUCUGUUUCCCGCGGCACUUUGUUUGCGCCGGCUCUGUUUCCCGCGGCACUUUGUUUGCGCCGGCGGCUGUUUCCCGCGGCACUUUGUUUGCGCCGGCUCUGUUUCCCGCGGCACUUUGUUUGCGCCGGCUCUGUUUCCCGCGGCACUUUGUUUGCGCCGGCUCUGUUUCCCGCGGCACUUUGUUUGCGCCGGCUCUGUUUCCCGCGGCACUUUGUUUGCGCCGGCUCUGUUUCCCGCGGCACUUUGUUUGCGCCGGCUCUUUCCCCUCCUCAACGUUCUUUCUUCUAACCAACUUCCUUCCCUUUUCUCUCUCUGCGUUCUCACUCCCCCUUUCUGUCAUCUCGCUUUCCUCCCGCUCCCUCCCUCCUUCGCUCUCUUGUCCUUUCUCGCUUUCCUCCCGCUCCCUCCCUCCUUCGCUCUCUUGUCCUUUCUCGCUUUCCUCCCGCUCCCUCCCUCCUUCGCUCUCUUGUCCUUUCUCGCUUUCCUCCCGCUCCCUCCCUCCUUCGCUCUCUUGUCCUUUCUCGCUUUCCUCCCGCUCCCUCCCUCCCUUCGCUGUCUUGUCCUUUCUCGCUUUCCUCUCGUUCCUCUUACCUUUCUCUCGCUGUUUCUUUUCGCUCUUCUCCCACUUCCCUCUCAGCUCUUUCUUCUUGCUCCUAACCGCCUUCUCUCUCUCCCUCUUCCUCUAUCACGAAAUCAAUUCUUUAAUCUUUUUCAUUUCUUUUUCUUUAUCCUGUCUCUUUUUCAUUCCUAAUCCGAUUCAUAAUUUUCAUUUAUUUCUUCACAAUUUUCCUUCACUGAAGCUAAGAAAUCUUCGAUCUGCAUCUUGUAAAUUCGAUUUUUUUCUCCCCCUUCCCAACCUCUCUUUCUUCUUGCUCCUCUCCCCCUUCCCAACCUCUCUUUCUUCCCGCUCCUCUCUCCCUUUCCAAUCUCUUUCUUCACGCUCCUCUUCCCCCUUUCUCUUGCUUCUUGCUUCUCUCCUCCUUGCCAAUCUCCCGUUCUUCACCCUCCUCUCCCCACUUACCGAUCGCUCUUUAUACUCGCUCCUCUCCCUACUACCCAUUCGCUUUUUCUUUUCGCUCAUCUUCUCCGUUCGCUGUUUCUUUUCGCUUUCCUCCCACUUCCUAAUCGCUCUUUCUUUUUGCUCCUCUCCCCCUACCCUUUUACUUUUUUUUCCUUCUCUCUUUUCUUUGUUUGGCUCCUCUCCCCUUCCUGUGGCUCUUUGUUUUGGCUCCUCUCCCCCCUUCCCUGUGGCUCUUUGUUUUGGCUCCUCUCCCCCUUCCCUGUGGCUCUUUGUUUUGGCUCCUCUCCCCCUUCCCUGUGGCUCUUUGUUUUGGCUCCUCUCCCCCUUCCCUCUCUGCAAUAGAUCAACGCCUCUAUGCAGUGGACCGUGA